AUGAGGAUCGCUCGCCUUUACGAGCGCUUGCGCAGCAAAAAUCCUGUUCUGGUGCAGAGUGCGACAGCUGGGUCCGUGGCUGCGGCUGGAGACCUCCUGAUGCAGAGCAUUGAAAAAGCAUCUGCAGCAGAGGGCACAGCUGCACCUUACGACCUGGCGCGGGCCGGGCGAAUCGCGGCAUUUCGACUCUGCAUCUUCGGCCCAGCUUACAGUGCGUGGCUCCGCGUGCUUGAGCGCGUCCCUGCGCCAAAGCACCCUGCUCAGGGCGUUGUACUCAAAGUACUCCUGGACCAGAUAAUCUGGACGCCUCCAUCUGUGAUUUCUUUCUACGUGUGGAUGGGAUAUAUGGAGGGACUGCACCUUGACACAUGUGUAGAGCGCGCGCGCACGAUGUUGUGGCCAACUCUACGGAUCAACUGGCCCUUCUGGGGUGGUGUGCAGCUCCUCACGUUCAGUGUGAUCCCACAGCCUUGGAGGGUAGCAUGGAUAAGCGUGGUGCACGUCUUCUGGAAUGCGUUCCUCAGCUCGAUGAAUCAGGCGGCGCGCAUGAGUCAGGCGCUCAGCGCAGCGCCGGCCGAGGCCGUGGAGAGGCUUCCAUCCCGGCUGUCUGACACAAAGACGCUUCAUUGA